AAAAGUUCGGAAGUUUUCGCGCGGGGGUGGAGUCAACCAAGGGACCUCCACGCGGCUUACCCGGAGACAAUUCCAAGGCUGCGGGCAUGGCAGGGACCGUGGUGCUGGACGAUGUGGAGCUCCGGGAGGCUCAGAGAGAUUACCUGGAUUUCUUGGAUGACGAGGAAGAUCAGGGAAUUUAUCAGAGCAAAGUUCGGGAGCUGAUCAGUGACAACCAAUACCGGCUGAUUGUCAAUGUGAAUGACCUGCGCAGAAAAAAUGAAAAGAGGGCUAAUCGCCUCCUAAGUAAUGCCUUCGAGGAACUGGUUGCUUUCCAGCGAGCUUUAAAGGAUUUUGUGGCUUCUAUUGAUGCUACCUAUGCCAAGCAGUAUGAGGAAUUCUACAUAGGACUGGAGGGCAGCUUUGGCUCUAAGCAUGUCUCUCCCCGGACUCUAACUUCCUGCUUCCUCAGCUGCGUAGUCUGUGUAGAGGGCAUUGUCACUAAAUGUUCUCUAGUUCGUCCCAAAGUUGUUCGUAGUGUUCACUACUGUCCUGCUACCAAGAAGACCAUAGAGCGACGUUAUUCUGAUCUUACCACCCUGGUUGCCUUUCCAUCCACUUCUGUCUAUCCCACCAAGGAUGAGGAAAACAAUCCCCUUGAGACAGAAUAUGGCCUCUCUGUCUAUAAGGACCACCAGACCAUCACUAUCCAGGAGAUGCCAGAGAAGGCCCCAGCUGGCCAGCUUCCCCGUUCUGUGGAUGUCAUUCUGGAUGAUGACUUAGUGGAUAAAGUGAAGCCUGGUGACCGAGUCCAGGUGGUGGGGACCUACCGUUGCCUUCCUGGAAAGAAGGGAGGCUACACUUCAGGGACCUUUAGGACCGUCCUGAUUGCCUGUAAUGUGAAGCAGAUGAGCAAGGAUGCUCAGCCUUCAUUCUCUGCUGAGGAUAUAGCCAAGAUCAAGAAGUUCAGUAAAACCCGCUCCAAGGAUAUCUUUGACCAGCUGGCCAGGUCAUUGGCCCCUAGUAUCCAUGGGCAUGACUAUGUCAAGAAGGCAAUCCUCUGUUUGCUCCUGGGAGGGGUGGAACGAGACCUAGAAAAUGGCAGCCACAUCCGUGGGGACAUCAAUGUUCUUCUGAUAGGAGACCCGUCAGUUGCCAAGUCUCAGCUUCUGCGGUAUGUGCUUUGCACUGCACCCCGGGCUAUCCCAACCACUGGCAGGGGCUCCUCUGGAGUGGGUCUGACAGCUGCUGUCACCACAGACCAGGAAACAGGGGAGCGCCGUCUGGAAGCAGGGGCCAUGGUCUUGGCUGACCGAGGCGUAGUUUGCAUUGAUGAAUUUGACAAGAUGUCUGACAUGGACCGCACAGCCAUCCAUGAAGUGAUGGAGCAGGGGCGAGUGACCAUUGCCAAGGCUGGCAUCCACGCUCGGUUAAAUGCCCGCUGCAGUGUUUUGGCAGCUGCCAAUCCUGUCUAUGGCAGGUAUGAUCAGUACAAGACCCCAAUGGAGAACAUCGGGCUCCAGGACUCACUGCUGUCUCGAUUUGACUUGCUCUUCAUCAUGCUGGACCAGAUGGAUCCUGAGCAGGAUCGGGAGAUCUCAGACCAUGUCCUUAGGAUGCAUCGUUACCGAGCACCUGGGGAGCAGGAUGGUGACGCUAUGCCCUUGGGUAGUGCUGUGGAUAUCCUGGCCACAGAUGAUCCUGACUUCAACCAAGAUGACCAGCAAGACACCCAGAUUUAUGAGAAGCAUGACAAUCUUUUGCAUGGGACAAAGAAGAAAAAGGAGAAGAUGGUGAGUGCAGCAUUCAUGAAGAAGUACAUCCAUGUGGCCAAAAUCAUCAAGCCCGUUCUGACACAGGAGUCAGCUGCCUACAUCGCAGAAGAGUACUCACGCUUGCGCAGCCAGGACAGCAUGAGCUCUGACACUGCCAGGACAUCUCCAGUUACAGCACGGACACUGGAAACUCUGAUUCGAUUGGCCACAGCCCACGCGAAAGCCCGUAUGAGUAAGACUGUGGACCUGCAGGAUGCAGAGGAAGCUGUGGAGCUGGUCCAGUAUGCUUACUUCAAGAAGGUUCUGGAGAAGGAGAAGAAACGUAAGAAGCGAAGUGAUGAUGAAUCAGAGCCAGAAGAUGAAGAGAAAAGCCAGGAGGACCAGGAGCACAAGACGAAGAGGAGGAAGACUCGGCAGUCAGAUACCAAGGAUGGAGACUCUUACGACCCCUAUGACUUCAGUGACACAGAGGAGGAAAUGCCUCAAGUGCACACUCCUAAGGCAGCGGACACGCAGGAGACCAAGGAAUCCCAGAAGGCAGAGUUGAGUGAAUCCAGGUUGAAGGCAUUCAAGGUGGCCCUCUUGGAUGUGUUCCGAGAAGCUCAUGCACAGUCUGUGGGCAUGAAUCACCUCACAGAAUCCAUCAACCGGGACAAAGAAGAGCCUUUCUCUUCAGAAGAGAUCCAGGCUGCACUGAACAGGAUGCAGGAUGACAACCAGGUCAUGGUGUCUGAGGGCAUCAUCUUUCUUAUCUGAGAAGGCCUCAUCUCUGAACUUGGGGUGUGCUAAGAAAGUUUCUCCCAAGUUUCCAACCCCCUUCCUGGCACUAGCCUAUGCCUUCAAUCCCCAAAUAACAGUGUUUAAUUGAACUGAAGUUGAGGGACAUGGGUGAUGAAGUUGGAUCAGCACCUGGUGGGAGAUUUGGAAAUGGGUGAUGAAAACUGUCAUGAAGUAUGGCAAGGGAAAGUGGGGAAGGACUAGAACUCUUGUUAUCUUCAUUGCAGAAGGACUGGAUGGUACACCCCACUUCCCAUCCCAAAUAGACCCAGCAUUGUUUUGUGCAUAUAACAUGACUUUUCGAGUCUUUUGGGGCACAGCUGAUUUCUGUUUAUCCUUUCUAUUUGUUGGCUGUUUUGCUUUUCCUCCAGAGCACUUGGGUCUAGAAAAGGCUUUGAGUUCUACACUGGUGGAGAGGCUCUGAGGCAGGUCAUGAGAAAGCUUUCUUUGCAGUUAAGACUGAUAUGUACUUUAGAACUAAAUAUCUAGGACAUUGAAUAAACUUAACCAUUUUUAUAUA